GAAUAAACAAUGCAUUCAUAGCCUCUAUGCAACCGCACGUUCAUCUAUAGACAGGUCUACUGCACAGAGGAAAACUAUAAGUUUCUUGGAGCAUGCACGGAAAAAAUAGUGUCUACAGAAGGAAGGACAGACAUACAAACGGACAUGCUGAUUCCAAUACAUCCCCCAGCAUCGUUUGCAUGAGUAGGAAAGAUAUCAAAGAUCCCAGCGGCAAGGUGGUCAUGCAGGUUGUGGAAUAUGAUGGAUUUAUGUUUCAUGUCAGCACCAUGGGGCACAUAAUGGAACAACUAAAACAGUUAAAGGAUAUGUCAUUCAGGGACAGCGAUGUGUGUGUGAUUUCAUACCCCAAAUCUGGUACGCAUUGGUGCUGUGAAGUGGUGCGCAUGUUGAGGAAUAACUCCUCUGAGUACCACGACAUGCUACACCCUCUUAUAGAAGUGUUCCCCGUAGAGAAACUUAAGCAGAUGUCCGAUGGUGUUUUUGUGUCCCAUUUGGCGCCCCAACACAUGCCGAAGGAUUUCAUGGAAAGGAAAUGUAAAAUAAUCAACAUCUACCGAAAUCCAAAAGAUGUAACCGUAUCAUAUUUCAAUUACGUCAAGAAAACAAAAUAUGGGGAGUUGAUGAAGGACAUGGAAUUUGACGUCUUCAACCUGUUUUGGACAGGACAACUUCGUAGUUGUCCCUGGACAAAAUAUAUCAAAGAAUGGACAAAUUAUAAAGAGGAGAAUCCAUCCCACCCUCUCUUAAAUCUCUGCUACGAAGACAUGAAAAAGGACCUUAAAACACACGUUAAAAAGAUUGCUGACUUCCUGGAACUACACGCAAGCGACGAACUCGUCACUGAAAUUGCAAAUGCGUGUGAAUUUAAGGCAAUGUCUGCUUAUAAGAACAGCAACAUCCCUGCGUUUAUGAGCAUUGUGACUGAUGUCAAGGAUGAAAACAUAUUCUAUAGGAAAGGUGAAGCAGGGGAUUGGAAGAAUUGGUUGAAGGUUGCCCAGAGUGAGGCAGUGGAUGCAGCGGUUGAGGCCGCAAAGAUUCCUCUGGACAUCAAGUACACCUAGAGAAAAAUCAGACAUUUCUAAUAGGGAAAAGGAGAGAAAAAAGACUAGAACUUUAGUACACAUGGAAGGUGUGUCAAGAAAAACAUAAUACGGAACUAUACAAUUGUCAAACUGCUUUAACAUUAUAUGUAAUCGGGCAUUUUCAAUCUAAUCCAGAAGGAAGUGGAACACAAGUGUUAUAUAUUAUUUCGUUUGAAAUAUAUCUUAUUGCUGUACUGUUAUAUUUCAAUGUAACUUUUAAGUCGGGCUAUUGAUAUAAGGAGCCAUCUUGCUUGGAAAUACACUUCAAAUGUAU